CCGUGGAAAGGACCUCUUGGACUCGACACAGACCUUUUUUUCGCCCUGGUACAUGAAUGCAUUCUGGAGGGUGAGGUUUUGCGAUUAUGUAUGUGUGUAUGUACGCUCGGAACGGUUUGGGACUUCCGCGCGAGAGAGAUUUGGGGAUCGCUUACCACAUAUUCACUGUCUGGCCCCCCCAUCAUCCACGUGGGUGGGUACGGCCCGCUCGCGUUGAACCGUUCUCUGUGACCGAUCAAUUGAAGCCAUUCGAAAGUUAUAUUUAAUUCAAGUAAGUGUUUUGGAUGUCCGUAGCCAAGUUCUUCAUGCGAACCUCCGACGAUAGACCACGAUUUGGUACAACGACGUUUGGCGUUUUGCCAAUGAGUUCGGAAUUCUCCGCAUGCAAGAUUUCGAUGACCCGUGCCCGUAUCGGGUCUUUCUACACCAGCAGGAUCUGGAACGAGAGCCAAGGAGAAAUGUGUGAUCAAGGUGCGUGGUGAGU